GCAGCGGGUGUCAGGAGACCGGGGUGCCCGAGGGGCCCGGGCGGUGGCGCUCAGGACCCGGGCGGCCGGCGGCGGCGGCCCCGGGGCUGGGGGGAGUCCAGCCCGGAUAUUGAGUGCAGCCAUUGAGAAAAGCCAAACUCUUGUGUGUGUGCGUCUCGAAUAGCCCCCAAGAUGGCCGCCAAUGUGGGAUCGAUGUUUCAAUAUUGGAAGCGAUUUGAUCUACGGCGACUCCAGAAGGAGCUUAAUUCCGUCGCUUCCGAGCUGUCUGCACGGCAGGAGGAGAGUGAACAUUCUCAUAAACAUUUAAUUGAACUCCGCCGGGAAUUUAAGAAAAAUGUACCUGAGGAAAUCAGAGAGAUGGUGGCUCCUGUAUUAAAAAGCUUCCAAGCUGAGGUGGUGGCUCUUAGUAAGAGAAGUCAGGAGGCCGAAGCCGCUUUCCUGAGUGUUUACAAGCAAUUAAUUGAAGCACCAGACCCCGUGCCUGUGUUUGAAGUGGCACGCAGCCCAGACGAAAGACUGCAGCCCCCCAGCUUCGACCCCAGUGGGCAGCUGCGACGAGACCUCCACACUUCGUGGAAGAGACAUCCCGAGCUCCUCAGCCCCAAAGAGCAGAGAGAGGGGACGUCACCAGCCGGGCCCACCCUGACUGAGGGGAGCCACCUCCCAGGCAUUCCCAGCAAAGCCCUCCUGACAGAAACUUUGCUGCAGAGAAAUGAGGCAGAGAAACAAAAGGGCCUUCAAGAAGUACAAAUCACUUUGGCAGCCAGACUGGGGGAAGCCGAGGAGAAGAUCAAGGUCCUCCAUUCAGCGUUAAAGGCCACACAGACAGAGCUGCUGGAGCUGCGGCGGAAGUACGAUGAAGAGGCGGCAUCCAAGGCAGAUGAAGUCGGCCUGAUCAUGACCAACCUGGAGAAAGCAAAUCAGCGAGCCGAGGCCGCCCAGCGGGAGGUGGAAAGUCUUCGGGAACAGCUUGCUUCUGUCAACAGCUCCAUCCGCCUGGCCUGCUGCUCCCCUCAGGGACCCAGUGGGGAUAAGGUGAACUUCGCGCUGUGCUCGGGCCCUCGGCUUGAGGCUGCCCUGGCCUCCAAGGAUCGGGAGAUCCUGCGGCUGCUGAAGGAUGUGCAGCACCUCCAGAACUCUCUGCAGGAGCUGGAGGAGGCCUCCGCCAACCAGAUUGCAGACCUGGAGCGGCAGCUCACAGCCAAGUCUGAGGCCAUUGAAAAGCUGGAAGAGAAGCUCCAGGCGCAGUCUGACUAUGAAGAAAUUAAAACAGAGCUUAGCAUCCUGAAAGCCAUGAAGCUGGCCUCCAGCACCUGCAGCCUCCCCCAGGUGAGUGUCCCUCCUGAAGACUCACUGCUCAUGGCAAAGGAGGCCUUCUUCCCUGCACAGAAAUUCCUUCUGGAAAAGCCUGGUCUUUUGACCAGCCCUGAGGAGGACCCUUCGGAGGACGAUUCCAUCAAGGACUCUCUGGGCACGGAGCAGUCCUACCCGUCCCCUCCACAGCUCCCGCCAGCGCCAGGGCCUGAAGACCCCCUGUCCCCCAGCCCAGGGCAGCCUUUGCUGGGCCCCAGCCUGGGCCCUGACGGCCCUCGGACUUUCUCACUGUCCCCCUUCCCCAGCCUGGUUUCAGGGGAUAGACUAGCAGGGGACACGCUGCUGUCCAAGCACAUGAUGCCCCCGGCUGCCUUCAAGGGGGAGGCAGGCGGCCUGCUGGUGUUCCCCCCAGCCUUCUAUGGCGCCAAGCCUCCUGUAGCCCCUGCCACCCCAGCCCCUGGCCCCGAGCCGCCUGGGGGCCCUGAGCCAGCAGAGGGCGGUGGGGGCGGCACGGCCACAGCAGGGGCCGGAGCGGAGGAGGAACAGCUGGACACGGCAGAGAUCGCAUUCCAGGUGAAGGAGCAGCUGCUCAAACACAACAUCGGGCAGCGCGUGUUCGGCCACUACGUGCUGGGGCUGUCCCAGGGCUCGGUCAGCGAGAUCCUGGCCCGGCCUAAGCCCUGGCGCAAGCUCACGGUGAAGGGCAAGGAGCCCUUCAUCAAGAUGAAGCAGUUUCUGUCGGAUGAACAGAAUGUGCUGGCUCUGAGGACCAUCCAGGUGCGGCAGCGAGGCAGUAUCACCCCGAGAAUUCGCACGCCAGAGACCGGCUCGGACGAUGCCAUCAAGAGCAUCCUGGAGCAGGCCAAGAAGGAGAUUGAGUCACAGAAGGGGGGGGAGCCCAAGAACUCAACAGCCCCCCUGAGCAUCACCAAUGGCACAACCCCUGCCAGCACCUCAGAAGAUGCCAUCAAGAACAUUCUAGAGCAAGCACGCCGAGAGAUGCAAGCGCAGCAGCAGGCCCUGCUAGAGCUGGAGGCAGGCCCCCGGGGCCGCUCCGUGCCUCCCUCGCCCCCAGAGCGGCCCUCGAUGGCUGCGGUGAGCCAGAACGGGGCCCCGACCCACGUCAAGCAGGAGGACAGCAGUGUUGGCAGCGGUGGUGGUAUUGGCAGCAGUGGGACCAGCAGCAGCGCCACACAGACAUCCCUCACGGUCCUGUCCCCAGCCGCCUUCGUGCAAAGCAUCAUCCGGAAGGUCAAGUCGGAGAUUGGGGAUGCCGGCUACUUCGACCACCACUGGGCUUCGGACCGCGGCCUGCUCAGCCGCCCCUACGCCUCCGUCUCGCCCUCACUCUCCUCCUCCUCCUCCAGCUACUCCGGCCAGCCCAACGGGCGGGCCUGGCCCCGAGGGGACGAAGCCCCCGCAGCCCCGGAGGAUGAAGCAGCCGGGAGCGAGGAUGAGCCCCCCAGGGUGGGCGAGCUCAAAGCUGAGGGAGGUGGCCCCGAGGCGGGCAGUGGCGGGCGGCUGGCUUACUACCCGGCCUAUGUGCCCCGCACGCUGAAGCCCACCGUGCCGCCCCUGACACCUGAGCAGUACGAACUCUACAUGUACCGGGAGGUGGACACGCUGGAGCUGACACGUCAGGUCAAAGAGAAGCUGGCCAAGAACGGGAUCUGCCAGAGGAUCUUCGGGGAGAAGGUGCUGGGCCUGUCCCAGGGCAGUGUGAGUGACAUGCUGUCCCGGCCGAAGCCGUGGAGCAAGCUGACACAGAAGGGGCGGGAGCCCUUCAUCCGCAUGCAGCUGUGGCUCUCAGACCAGCUCGGCCAGGCCGUUGGCCAGCAGCCUAGCACGUCCCAGGCCAGUCCCACUGAAGCGAGGUCCUCGCCAUCCCCUCCCCCCAGUCCCACGGAUCCGCCAGAGAAGAGCUCCCAGGAGCCCUUGAGCCUGGCGCUGGAGAGCAGCAAGGAGAACCAGCAGCCGGAGGGCCGCUCCAGUUCCUCACUGGGUGGAAAGAUGUACUCGGGCAGCCAGACCACAGGGGGCAUCCAGGAGAUUGUGGCCAUGUCUCCUGAGCUGGACACGUACUCCAUCACCAAGAGGGUCAAAGAGGUCCUCACAGACAACAACCUAGGGCAGCGGCUAUUCGGGGAGAGCAUCCUGGGGCUGACGCAAGGUUCUGUGUCUGACCUGCUGUCCCGGCCUAAACCCUGGCACAAGCUGAGCCUGAAGGGGCGGGAGCCCUUUGUGCGCAUGCAGCUGUGGCUCAAUGACCCCCACAAUGUGGAGAAGCUGAGGGACAUGAAGAAGCUGGAAAAGAAAGCCUACCUGAAGCGCAGGUACGGCCUCAUCAGCACCAGCUCAGACAGUGAGUCUCCAGCCACCCGCUCCGAGUGCCCCAGCCCCUGCCUGCAGCCUCAGGACCUGAGCCUCCUGCAAAUCAAGAAGCCCCGAGUGGUGCUGGCCCCGGAGGAGAAGGAGGCGCUGCGGAAGGCCUACCAGCUGGAGCCCUACCCCUCCCAGCAGACCAUCGAGCUCCUGUCCUUCCAGCUCAACCUCAAGACCAACACCGUCAUCAACUGGUUCCACAACUACAGGUCCCGGAUGCGCCGGGAGAUGUUGGUGGAGGGGACCCAAGAGGAACCAGACCUUGACCCCAGUGGGGGUCCUGGCAUCCUACCGUCAGGCCACUCCCACCCAGACCCCACCCCACAGAGUCCUGACUCUGAAGCUGAGGACCAGAAGCCCCCUGUGAAGGAACUGAAGCUUCAGGAGGGUCCCAAGGAGAGUUUCACAGCCCUGCCCACCCAGGACAAGGCCCAGGUGAGGAUUAAGCAGGAACAGACUGAGGAUGCUGAGGAAGAGGCGGGCAGCCAGGACUCAAGGGAGCCGGACAAAGGCCAAGUUUCCCCCAAAGAGGUGCCUCCUGACCCUCUGGGUGAUGGCGGACUCCCACAAGCAGCCCCAGGGCUCCUCCUUCCAGGCGGGACCACUUCAGCCUGCCCCUCGCUCCAGCCCCUCCAGGAGGGCGAGGGCGGGGAGCGGCUACACCCGGACCCUCUAAGCUUCAAGUCGGCCUCGGAGUCCUCGCGCUGCAGCCUAGAGGUGUCACUGAACUCGCCUUCGGCUGCCUCCUCGCCAGGCCUCAUGAUGUCCGUGUCACCUGUCCCCUCCUCUUCAGCCCCCAUCUCCCCAUCCCCGCCCGGCACCACCCCUGCCAAAGUGCCGAGUGCCAGCCCCACUGCCGACACAGCCGGGGCCUUGCACCCCAGCACCAAGGUGAACCCCAACUUGCAGCGGCGGCACGAGAAGAUGGCCAACCUGAACAGCAUCAUCUACCGGCUAGAAAGGGCUGCUAAUCGGGAGGAAGCCCUGGAGUGGGAGUUCUAAGGUGCGGGCGAGGGGCACACCUGGGGGCCGCCUUCCCUCCCUCCCUCUCCAGACAGGGCGGCAUGGAAACUUGGACAGCAGUGUCAUGCCUUUUGUCUUUUGUUGUAAUCCUAGUUCUAUGAAAUGAGAGAGCAGGUUGGGGCAGGUGCCUCUGCCUCCUCUUUUCAGCAUCCCUGCCCCAGGGGGCACCCUCUUCUCCACCCUGGCCUCCUGCAGCAGCAGAAGCAAAGUGGCGCCACGUUUUCACCUGGAAACUCCAAACUCUUUUAGAAAAAUAAAUAAAUAUUUAUAGACCUCUUUUAGAUAUUUUAAUAAAGGAUCCUUUGGAAUUUAUUCCCAGCCGAUGCUCUUUUGAUAUUACAGAGAGUUAUAAAAUCAGGAUGCUGUCACAACUGUUGCGAAGUAUACACUGAAGUUGUGUCAUUUUUGCCACUAGAUGAGAUUAAAAGGAGACAAUUUGUUCAAAGCCAUCACAAAACACUCUAAGACUGACCAAAAUUUAGAUAACCUUUGAACCGCGGUUUUUUCCCACGUCUGUGAGACACAGUGCAUUGCUACUGCCCUUCCAGAGACCGUGUUGAACAAAGAAAGUCCAAAAGACUCUAAAUGAAAACCUUGAUGCCGUUGAGGAUGUGUUUCAUUCUGGUGGUCUGUUUUGCAACCAUGAUGACAGAAUGUCCCCUGCCGUUAUAAAUGCUAUAGAGAUGUGGGCUGUGGCCGGCCAUCCCGAGAUGUAACAUGGCAUAAGACAAACUGCUACACUCCCUCUAGUCAGAAACCUGUGGACCGUGGGGGCUGGACAUCCAUCUCAUCCAUCUGUAGACAAGAUGUGCUUCCGAAUCCUUUGGAAAGCCAGAUUGGGGGGCGGGGUGCAGGCGAUCGGAGGGUGGCACUUAAACUAGAGUGACCCCAUUCCCCAACCUGAAUCGUGGCCACACACAGGAAAUUUCCCCACUGGCUUUCCAGAGCAGGACUGUGGCUGCCACCUUCCCCUCCUCGUGUUUUGAGAAAACAGCAGCGUUGGUCAUCUAACAAGCACCCAGCUCAGCACCGGGCACCAAAAAGUAGAUUCAUUCAACUAGAGACCCCAGCUCCCCUUCUCACCAUUUUCUUUCUCAAGUUGACUGGUGCUUUCUGGAAGGUGUCUGCGCCUCCAAGUUUAUGAAGAAUGAAGCUAAAAGGUUGAUUGACCACAGCAUGACCACCAUAUCCCGAUCUCCAAGUCCAUCCUCCCGCCUUCUAACACGUGACGUUUUGGGGAAUGGAGACUUAAACCCCAACUCAGAGAAGCCCUCCCUCCAGCAUCUUCGUUGUCCUGGUUUCUAGGGAGAGAGUUCCCAAUUUGAAUGGAACAGCCACCAUAGUGGCUGUUGACUCUCUCCUGGUUUUUUGUUUUUUCAUUUUUUUGGCCAUCUCGUGGCAUGUGGAGUUGCCAGGCCAGGGAUCAGAUCCGAGCCACCAUUGCAACCUGUGCCACAGUGUGGCGACCUGACCCACUGUGCUAGACCAAGGAUCGAACCUGCGUCAUGACGCAGCAGAGACACCAAUCCUAUUGCACCACAGCAGGAACUCCUCUCCCCAUUUUUAUUUUACUGUUUCUUUUAUUUUUCUCAAACUCUGUGGGGAAGCUGAGUUGGGUGACUUUGCAGCUGAAUCAAGAAUGACGAUGAAAAGGUGGUCAUAGUGGUGCCAACCCAAUGCCUGGGGGUUUCAAGGAUACAGCGAACAUUUCGGAACUCAGGCCAACAAAAUCCAGUGACCAGAAGGGGACAGUUGAGGGCCGUUCCAGAAAUCUCAACUCUCAUGCACCCAGCCCAGGCUGCAGUCUCCACACCAGUCAAUGAAGAGCAACGCAAACCCUGCAGGAAAAACCUCCUUUUCCAUACACCCAGGCUAUGCAUUGAAGAGUUUUCCACUGUAUACAUUUUUAUCCAGAUGAAGGUAUUUUUGUAUUUUGACAAUAGGAAACAGUGACCAAUUUUCAGAGUCAUCAAAUCUGGAACAAAUGAAACAUCUCCCUUUAGCCACCGCUGCCCUGUCCCAAUUAAGGCACCCAUGGGGGACACACCACUUUUUACUGUUGAAACCCACACAACAUUGAAAUCCAGGCUUACAUGCAGACUGCAGUUGUUAGAGGACUAAAUCUGGCUUUUGUGUGACGGGAUUUGAUUAAGCACUUAGUAUAGUCUUUUGAACGCGGAAAUCCUGUUGUACUUAAAGCUAGCAGACCCGUGAACAACUUUGUCAGGUUCACGUCCUAUAACGGUAAACAGAACAAAAACCCACAAAACCGUUUCUAUGAGAGAUUGAUGAACUUUGUUUAAAUUAAAAAAAAAAAAAAAGGAACACGUUCUGUAAUAAACACGUCGCUCAAUACA